CAGUUAGAAGCAUUUAGGCUUUAAAUAAUAAAUAAACAGUGCCAUUUCUCUUUCAUUCCUUCUCACUUACCUUUUUCUUUGGGCUUCUGCGGUUUGGUGUUUUGAGCUUUUGUGGUUUUGAUCUGCUUCUUUGUGAGGUUAAAACUAUUGGAAUUUUAAAUUUUAGGUAUUUCUUGAAAUUCUCAGAGAUGGAGAGAGAUUUCAUGGGACUAAAUUCUAAAGAUUCUGUUGUUGUGGUCAAGGAAGAACCUGUUGAAACCUGCAAAGACUCUGGGUUUCGCUGGCCCUUGUCGAGCAAGGCGGGUAUACCUCAUUUCAUGUCUUUGAACUCUGCUCAAGAUGAAAAACCGUUCAAAGCUCAAUCCGCCGCAGAUGGAGUUGACAGUUGUCUCAAACGUCAAUCUGGUGAAAUCCAGAAUGUGCAUGCAAUGCAUCUUCCCCAUGAUGUUAAGAUGCUUCCGUUUAACAUGAGCAAUCCCUCCUACAAGACUCAUUUUGGUGGUACUGGCCAGAUAUCUGCAGCUGCGACAAUGAAGCAGCAACUUCUUGGGGGAGUCCCUGUUACAGCUCCUCAUUCAAUACUUCCAUCGAGUGGCUCUGUGGCUGGGAUAACUGAACCUUGGUUUAAUUCCAAAGGUUCUGCAGCACCUGCUCAACUGACCAUCUUCUAUGGUGGGACGGUCAAUGUCUUUGAUGAUAUCUCCCCUGAGAAGGCACAGGCUAUUAUGUUUUUGGCUGGAAAUGGUUGUGUUCCUCCUAAUGUGGGGCAACCAAGGUUUCAAGUUCAGGCAUCUACACCCAAACUUGCUGCCGUAGAUGGCACUUGUGUGAACCAAAUCCCAAACAUGCUACCUGCCUCAGGUCAUUCCAGCCCUAUGUCUGUUUCUUCUCAUCCCAUUGGUCAAUCUGCUGGCAAUUCUGGAAACAAAGAUGACACGAAGAUAUUUAAAACUGCAAACAUUUCAGUGGAGACUCCAAAGGUUAUGACAUCACUAGGACCUGUUGGGGCGACUACCAUAAUGCCAGCAGCGGUUCCACAGGCUAGGAAAGCAUCUCUGGCUCGGUUUCUGGAGAAGCGGAAGGAAAGGGUAAUGAACGCUGCACCAUAUGGCCUCAGCAAGAAAUCGGGUGAGUGCUCCACCCCCGAGUCUAACGGAGUUGGUUUCUCUGCAACUUCCAGUGUUGGUACUAGUCCUCUGAUAGCAGGUAAGGAGACCUAGCUACGACGUCUGAAGGCAGCCUAUUGCCAUAAACCAUUGAAGCAUAAUCUAUUUUUAUUAAGCAAGUUAAAAGCUGUAGCUAUCAAGUUUUGCUGUUUUAAUUGUAAUAUCAACUUGGUUAGCUUUAGCCAGACUUCCUAGUAUCCAAUUUGUUUUGUCUUUUGCUGUACUUAAUUCUCUUUCAUCUGAACCUGAUGGAAUUCUCCCAUCGAAAUGACUUCAGCACUUUGUAACUAUUUAUUCUGUUACAUUAUGUUUCCCAAGUGUAUAUUAAUAUUAUUUAGUAAUCUCUGGGCC